AUCAUACAACAAUUUCAGCAAGUUUGUUCGCCCUCGCAGGCAACUUGGAUCGUUGUUAAGGACUUCAGUUAUAUAUAUAUAUAUAUAUAAUGUUGGAAGUUUUUAAUGAUUUUAUUGUUGUACUCACCAACAAGAAACCGCUAACAUGAUUUAAAGCUGUCGCGUUAACGUGACGGCGGUUGUCAAAAUGUCCGACAAUUGAGCUUUGUCAUGCUAAACAUAACUCAAACAAGGGGGCAAAAAAGAAGCCACAAAGGUCGACUGUAAAACCUUAAAGUAACAGGAAGGACAUAAAGGUGAUUUGUAGCUGUCAGUCACAAGCAGACUGGAUGUGACACUGCGACCCCUGGUUGCCAGGGAGAAAUUGGUGUGGCCAUGGCUACUGGGGUUACUGUUGGGGAGAGCCAGCUUCAAAGGAUUAUUCGAGAUCUGCAUGAGGCUGUUGCAGAGCUUGCUAAGGAGUACAAGGAAACUGGAGAGCCAAUCACAGAUGACAGUGCCAACCUGCACAAAUUCUCCUAUAAACUGGAGUACCUGCUACAGUUUGACCAGAAGGAGAAAAGGACAUUUCUUGGUACAAAGAAGGACUAUUGGGAUUAUUUCAGUGACUGUCUGGCUAAGAUCAAAGGGGCCAAUGAUGGGAUUCGCUUUGUCAAAUCCAUCACUGAACUGAAGACAUCUCUGGGGAAAGGACGAGCUUUUAUUCGCUACUCCCUCAUACAUCAGCGACUGGCUGACACACUGCAGCAGUGCCUGAUGAACCAGAGAGUCACCAGUGACUGGUACUAUGCAAGAAGUCCUUUCCUAAAGCCCCAUCUAAGUGUUGACAUCAUCAAUCACCUGUAUGAACUCAAUGAGGUCCUUUUUGACAUGGCUUCGAGAGGACAUGAUCUUGAUGCCGCCUGGCCUACAUUUGCAAGGAGAACACUGGGAAGUGCAAACUCACCUGGCCACAUGUGGAAACCACCCAGUCGCAGUUCCAGCAUUAACAGUCUGGCAAGCACCUACUCCCAGCAAGCACAUGAGUUCCCCUCUAGCCCAGACUUUGGUCACAGUUUGUUGAAUGACCUGAAUGAGUCCUUGCCUUCCUGCACCGAAGAUGUCAGCACAGUUGAAGACCUUCGUCUAGAGCUGGACCAGUCAGAGCUGAAGCAUCGAGAACUCCUAGAUAAUGUGCAGCAGCUGGGUGAGGAGGCCUCUGAGCUCAGGGGCAUAGUGGUGGAGCUGCAGAGCCAGCUGGAUGUGUCGCUUGCUGCCCAAGAGGCACAACAGGGCUUGCAGGUAGAAUUCAAGGCACUGCAGAUGAGAGAGGGAGCCCUGUACAAGGAAGUGGAAGCUCAUAGGUCCAAAGAGAAAGCCAUGGAGGCUGAACACGCCCAGCUUCAGAAAAACUUGGCAGCUGCUGAUACAAAGAACAUGGAGCUCAUGGCGAAGUUAGAUGGGGUUUUGAAUGAGAAGGGCCAGCAGGCUGCCAGCCAUUUUGAUUCAGCCCAAAAGAUACACGAGUUGCUGGACAGGUUGAAAGAGGCAGAGAGAGGUAAGAUGGAAGCUGUCACUGAGGCCGAGGAGAAGAAAAGGCAGACAGAAAGGCUACAGGAAGAGCUCAGAUUCAAGGAGGCAGCUGCAAAAGAUGGUGAAACUAAACUUGGAGCAUUAGUUACAUCUUCAUCUGCGGAGAAUGCCAUUCUGCUGGUGAAAGUGGAAGAACAGUGCAGUGCCCUUGACAAGCUGCAGGGGGCCUUGACAUUGAGGGAGAAGGAGGCGAGCACUCUACAAAGACAGCUGCAAGAUCUAAAGAAAUCUCUUAAAGAGAAGGAGAAAGAGGUGGAGAUGGUGAAGAGAAAGGCACAUGAAGAUAAAGAUGCAAUGCACAAGAAUGUUGACUUGAAAGAAACACUAGAAAGAGAAAUCACUUCUCUUAAAGAGCAUGUUCAAAAGAAAGAAGCAAAGCUAACCUCCACCUGUGAGACACUACAUAAGCUAGAAACCAAGAAUCAAAGCUUGAACACAGAAAGGGAGAAACUGACUGCUACCCUCACUGAGCUGGAGGGUAACAUGAAAGAACAGGCCAUAAAGGUCGAAGACUACAUGACACAGAAUGCCAAUUUAAUGGAACUGAAUGAGAAGCUGCGGACCACAGUGAAGAAAAAUGAAGAGUUGAAGAAGGAGAUGGCAGAAAACAGAUCUGUGCUUGAAGCUGAAUUAGCAUCUGUAAGGGCUUCUGAGAAACAGCUUCGAGGCCAGCUGGAUGACACCAAGCUGACUGUGGAUGAAAAAGAGAAGCUGUUGCGUGAGGAGAACUGCAAGUUGGACGAGAGUCUGCAGCGAGCCACCAUGGCUGCCAAGCUCGCAGAGACCACAUUAAAGCAGCUUGAGCAGGAGAACCAGGGUCUGAGGGAGGAGCAAGAUGCUGUGAAAACAGCUCUCAGUCGCAUGCAAGCAGACCUAAAGAAUGUUCACGGACAGAUUGGAGAGUUGGAGAAAAAUCUAGGAGCUUCACUCAAGAAUGAAGCUGCUCUUCAAGAACAGCUCAAAACCAAAGAAGGCCUGCUAGUGAGUAGAGAGGAAGCCAUUGUUGAGCUCCAGUCCAUGUUAAAAUCUCUGGAGGCCAGAGAGAAGGAGCUUCAUAUUGCCAAAGCUGAUGCAGAAGCAACCUGUGCUAAACAGACAGAGUUGAUUAAACGUGUGACCUCUGAGAAGCAAGUGAUGGAGAAAUCCCAGCUAGAAAGUCAUGCUGUCCAAGUAAAGGAGAACCAAGAAGUAACAGGCAAACUGACUGUGGUUGAGGGCCAAUUGGAGUUGAAUUUGAAAGAGGUAUCCAGGCUCCAGGCAGAGAUCUUGGACCUCAGAGUGCAGGUUCAGAGGUCUGAGGAGGAAAGACUUAAAUUCGAAGCACAGCUCGAAGUGACAGCAGCCCAAAGAGAUGACCUCAAGACUUUGACUGAGCAGCUUAAAUCUCAGACAGAAGCACUAAAUCAAAAGCAUAUAGCAGAGCUUAUGGAGUGCAAAAAGAAAGAAGAGGCUCUGAUCAGAAACUGUGACAGAGAAGUAGCUGCUCAUGCUGAGUUAGCGAUCUCUGAAGCUGCUAUCCGUGAAAAGCUUUCCAACCUGAAGGCACAAAAUGACAGACUGGUCCUGGAGAACAGUGAGAAAGGCGAGGGCCUGCACAGGGCAAACACAGAGAUGGCAGAGCUGGGGAUGACCAUCUGUAAGUUAAGUGCAGAAAAAGAAGAGGCCCUAGAGCACUGGACAAACGAUGCUGCCAGUAUCACAGAGCUAAUGAAACAAGUUGAGCUUCAAGAAGAGUGCAUGACAGAACUACGACUGGAGAAUAACCGAAUUAGAGGCGAGCUGACUCAGAAAGAGACCCUUCCUGGGACUAUUGUGGAGCUCCAGGAACAGCUGGAGAAGGCCAGGAACCAAUUGCAGGGUGUCAAGGAAUCCAGCCGAGAGGAGUUAAAGGCCAUCAAGUUCCAGAUGAGUUCAGACAGCAUGAAUCAUCAGACCCAGAUGAAGAAUGUGAAUGAACAGCUGGACAAGGUGAAAACUCAAUUGCAGGAGGAGCUGAAGAAUCUAUCCAUCUUCCAGGCUAAAGUGUCAGAACUAGAGGCUGAGAAUGCGCAGUUAUUACUGCUAACUGGUGAGAAAGAUGCUCACAUCACAAAGACUGAAGCAAUUAUUCGGGAGAGUGAACGUGAGAUUCUGCAACUGACAGAUGCAGGCAGCAGAGCUGAAGAAGCGCACAUGUCUGUGCAAAAGCUAUGUGAGGAAUUGAAGCAGAAACUAGAUGCAACAAGUGCUGAGAACCAAAACCAGUAUCUGACGAUGACUGCAGAGAUCGACGACCUCAACAGAACCAAGACCAAUCUGGAAGAACGACUCAUUGAGCUGAUACGGGAUAAAGAUGCUCUGUGGCAGAAAUCGGACGCUCUAGAGUUUGAGCAGAAACUGCGAGCAGAGGAGCGCUGGUGGUUGGUGGAUAAAGAGGCCACUCACUGCCUCGACUGCCAGGGUCAGUUCACCUGGUGGCUGCGCAGACAUCACUGCAGGCUUUGUGGUCGCAUUUUCUGCUACUACUGCAGCAACAACUUUGUGUUGACCAAACACAGUGGGAAGAAAGAGCGCUGCUGCAGAGAGUGUUACUCACAACACAGUGCUGUAGUAGAGAGGUUCACACAGGCAGAGCUGAGUCCUUCAGACACAGAGCCUCCACCUCCGCCACCACCACCUGAGGCUGGACCUCAGUCUCCUCCUGAACCAGCCCAGUACAAACCCACACCCACAGUAACAGUUUCUGAUCCCAGCAACAGAUCUGAUGAUGGAGUUUUUGACAUCAUCACAGAAGAGGAAGUGAAUGGUGUUUAUGACAGUGACACCAACUCCCAGGCCACAGGAGGCUCGAUGGAUGGAGAAAACGACCGACAGCCUCCUGGAGCAACGGCGUUAGACGCAGGAGACGUGACGCCCGAUGAUCCUGAGGAAUCCGUCCCCACUGUUCAGGACUCGGAGAUUGUGCUUCUAAAAUCAGGAGAAGUCACGAUGUCUGUUCCUCUCAGCAUUGAUGGUAUUUGUCAGUUUGGAGACGGAUCCCGGGAACUCUUCAUCAAGUCCAGCUGUUAUAGUGUGAUAACCAUUGUUGUGGAGGACCAUGGCCCAACCAUCAGCUGGAUGUUUAACUCGGAGCCCAAAAGCAUCUCUUUCAGUGUGGUUUACCAGGAAUCCACUGAGAGUCAGGCGGAACAGUCGAAGGUCCUGAUUCCUCUGACUCGCUGCAAUUCUCAUAAAGAGACAAUUCGGGGGCAGCUCAAAGUCCGUAACCCGGGCCUCUACAUGCUCAUCUUUGAUAACUCAUUCUCACGGUUUAUCUCCAAGAAAGUCUUCUACCAUCUGACCAUGGAGAAACCCAUAAUCUAUGAUGGCAGUGACUGUCCCUGAAAGUGUCUUACACAUGUAGCCACAGAGGCUUCAUGAUGACACUGUGGCUUCGGAGAGACUGAAGAAAUGGCAAUUCAUUUACUUUUUUUUUUUUUUUACCCUAAACCUGCUUUUAACCAAGUAUUAUUGGUUUUUGCAUUUUCCAACUCUGUGGCGUUCACGUUUUUAGAUGUGCUAAUGUUUUCACUGUAGUCUCAGUGAAAUAUAAUCAACAAAAUUAGAGCUUUUUAGAAAAAGAAACAGAAAUACAUGUAUUUAUUCCAGUUUUAUUCGAUACAUACACAUUACAUCUCCUUUAAAGAAACUGUAAUUGUAUUUAAUUCUAUAAUUUUUCUCAGCCUGUAUUCCUAAUUAUGCUGUUACAUAAAAAUAUCGUUUUCUACAAAACGUAGUCUAUAAAGACCCAGAGAAGAUUUUAACUUUUUCUUCAAAUGGUCCGUUUGUUCCAGUGUUGCACAUUCUUUUUAGAUCAAACAGCCAAAAGAAGGAGAAGAAGAAGCUGUUUUCUCUUUGGUGGUUUCUUAAUUAAUUAAAAGUCUGAAUAAUGUAUACUGUUCCAGCACAGAGAUAGAAUGAAAGCAGUGACUACAAAACAUGUGCAGUUGCCAAAAAUCUCAGGAUUGGGACAGAAAAAAAUGUCCUCUAGCAGUAUAAUGUCCUAAUUCUAUUUUAUUUAGAACUAAACAGAAAAAUAGAGGAACUGCCACUUUAUUAUCAGGAGACCUGCACUACAGCUGUAUGAUGUAUUUGCAAUAACAUUCACUUUGACUCUAUCACUCACUGUCAGCAAGUGAGCUUUCUUACUUUGAAAGUGCCUAUUUACAGAGAACUAGUUUUCUUCUGUAGCUGAAGGACUCUUUAUUCUUGCAGAACACAUAAAACAAUGAAAUAUGCACAUGCACAAUAUGAUGUCUUUCAGUUUCCGUUCGGUUUUCAUUGUAGUGCCUCGUACCUUUCUGUCAUAUGUUGAAGUAACCCCUCUGGCUUUUCUUGUACUCUCACAUGAAAUGGUUUUGAACGUUGUGUGAAGUUUGUUAUUGUUUGAUUUUUUUUUUUUAUCGCAGUUCAACAAGAGGAAAACAAGUUUGAUCACUUUUGACACAUCACUUAUUGAAGCACUCAAUGCUGCUUUUGUAGAGAUCUGUUUGUGCUUCACUGUCAGGUCUUCUUUAUGUUUUUUCAGGGGUGCAAUUUGUGUGUAAAGCCUCGUUUUUCUACACAGCAGCCAUUUUGAGAGAAGUAUUUUAUACUUUGUAUAAAACAAUAUGAAAUCUGUUAAGUUUACAUGAUCACAGAGUCCUUUCUACCUUUGCUCUUUUUUGACUGAUGUCUUUGAGGAGAAUAGAAAGUGCACUAUCACUGCCUGAUGCAUGCCACUGCACAGUAAACAUGAAUAAACAUGAGAGCAAUGGUGCUGCUCAUAUUUACUCA